CUACUCGUUCCCCUAUCCGGUGAUCAUUUCAUACGCCUUCGCCUAUCUGAAAGCUCUACUUCAUUAACCAUAGAGCAGUCGAGCCCCUAUUCGAAGCGAAUGGAGGGCCGCCUUCGCUUAGCCUGGAAAAAGGCGAAGCACGGCGCUGAAGUCAAAACUGGGUGACAGUCUCUCAGCCUACAGAAUUCUGAUACAUUUCCCAUAUCUUUCACGCGGACCCAACGACUGGAAGUGGACUCAUCUCAUGCGUCCAUCCCCAUCGCUCGCCCGGAACAAUACCAGGCAAUUUAAUCGCCCGGUUCCUGUACUGUAUCUAAGAAGCACAUCUAAGCCUCAUUAUGCCGCCCUGCUCUCCUUAAGCGAUUGGCUGCGUCUUGCUCAGGAGGAACACAGGUGUUUCGUUUCGUGCCCUGGCCCUGCAUGAGGAACAUGCAUAUGCAGGCAGAGCAGGCAUGCAGGUCUCUCACCCCGCACCGCAUCGCAGCUGAAUGGGUGGAUGUUGCAGCCUCGUCACAAAGUGUGCCCUGGGCUGGUACAAGUUGAGGAGAGAGAGACUGGCACUUCUCUCGGGCGUGGACCGAUCGUGAACGCGCCCGCUCUGAGAGCCCAGCCUGAUGGUGAUGAGACUUAUCUGUCUUGCCUCCCGAGAAUGGGAGUUAGAGAAUAUGAAUAUAUGUUGAUUGUUCUACGAAGUAUCUUGGUUGAGUUUGUUAUGUCAAGCCGAUUGUCCUGACAGCUUUACUGGAUGAUCUGGACGGUAUAUUCUUCCUCAAUUUGGAAUCAUUAACUCUGGCGCACGAUAUCACGUCGAAUAGGCCGGACCUGCUCUCUUUUUCCCAGCCUGACCAGAUUCCCGACCUACCGAAAAAGCCAACAAUGGAGCCCGUUAAGAGACCGUCUUUCCGAAGGCAAGACCCAUUCCACGUCCCAGGACAAGCACGACACGUCUACCCCUCCAUCUCUUCACUCUCAGAUCACGGAAGUGUCAGAAGCAGCACCAGCAGCAGGAGAUAUACGUCCUCGUGCACCUCUGCCAAACGCCCAGAUCCAACCCUCGCCCUCUCCCACGCAAUCAGCACCUCCUCCCACUCAGCUCUUCUCUCCAUCUUGACUCACAACUCCAUCUCCCUCCUUCAGAAAACACAUUCCCUACACCAAGCCAUCGCCCACGGUUCCAAAGAAUGCAUCCGAAUCCUCCUCGACCACGGAGCCGAUAUCAACGGUCUCAAUGCUCAAGGAAUAUCUCCGCUCCAAGCUGCGAUACGCGAGAAGGACAGCAGAGAGAGUAUUGCGAAGAUGUUGAUUUCGCGGGGUGCUGACUUGACUGUUGGAGAGCCGCUACAUUGGGCUACGAGGAGGGAUUGGAGUGGUGUGGUCGAUAUGUUGUGUGUUUGGGGUGUGGAGGUGGACAGAGUUUCGAGGUCUGGAGCGGGUUCUGCAGCUUCUUCUGAGAUGAGGAAUCGUAGGAAUGGGAGAGAAGGCGUGACGGCUUUGCAUAUUGCAUCCUACUACGACUCUCUCGCCUCAGCUAAAGUCCUCAUCGCUCACGGCGCUGCUGUGGAAUUGCACACGUCGUCUGGAGAACUUGCUCUCGCGGAAGCGAUUGCCAAUCGUAGUAUUGCUAUGGUUGACUUACUUCUCAGCUCAGGGAUCGGUAUUCACGCCGCAGUAGAUGGAUCGGGAGGGACGCCGCUGAUGGCCGCGUGUUGUUUGGAUGAUGUGGGUUUGGUGAGGUGUUUGACGGGCCAUGGGGCGGGCAGUACGAUUGAGUGUAGGGACACGGCGGGAGAGACUGCGAUUAGUGUUGCGGCUGCGUGGGCGAGGAAGGAAGUGCUGGAGUGCUUGGUGGAAGCUGGGGCAGAUGUGAAUUGCAGGAAUGAGAUGGCGCAGACGCCGUUGGAGAUUGCGGUUAGGAAGAGUAGACCUGUGGAAGCGAUUGAGGUUUUGCUCAGAGCUGGGGCGAGGAGAGAUGAAGGUGUUGAGGCGGCGCUGGACGAAGCUGUCAAGGAUGCGGGUGGGAGGUUCGAUUUUGCGAUUGUGGAUUUGCUGAAUUCGUAUGCUCGCUCUGCAGGACGGGGACGUUCGAGAAAUGGAUUCAUGAGUGAGACCGCAUUUGAUGAGAUCAGCGAGAAGAGUGAUGAGACUUUGAGAGGCGACCAGUACAGUGGGCGAGUGACUCGAUAUGUGAGAAAGCAAAGUCCCAGCUUUACACGCUCGAGUACGAGAGGCAGAUCACCAGCUUCGUCUAUAUCCUUCGAUGAUGGGACGAGUACGGCCUUCGACUCCUCGGUCUGGUCUGAACCGGAAUGGGACUCGAGUCAAAUGAGUCGAGAUCGCAGGAUAAUAAAGUGGUCUGGUGAUGAAUAUGAGUUCCCUAGAGUAAGAGGGAAGAGAGGUAGGCUGUUCGGAGAGAGCUGGGGAGACGACUUCGACAGUGAGUUUGAUGGAUCCUUUGGAUCUAGGAGUGAGCGCAGAUCUGGAAAGAGGACGGGUAGAGGGAGAGGAAGGGGAAGAGUGACUAAUAUUGUUAGUUUCACUGUCUAUGCGUGAUCCUGGGAUAGUAUAGCAAAUAAAUGUACAAUAUUCUGCAAAGAUAAGCU